AUGCAACUUUGGGACUGAAAGCAUCGGACAUGGCUACAGCACAGUCAGUGUUCACAGUGGCUGUGAGCAUUCUGCUCAUCUCAGAGCUCAUCCUGGCUGAGAAAGACUACUACGAGAUCCUGGGGGUUCCCAAAGAUGCAUCUGACCGGCAGAUCAAAAAAGCCUUUCACAAACUAGCCAUGCGCUUCCACCCAGACAAAAACAAAAGCCCUGACGCAGAAGCAAAGUUCAGAGAGAUUGCUGAAGCCUACGAAACAUUAUCAGAUGACAACCGGCGGAAGGAAUAUGAUCAGACGAGAAGCCGUCCGUUCUCCGGAGGAGGCUCUGAGCACUUCCAUCAACACUUUAACUUCAACUUUGAAGAUGCAUUCAGACACAGUCCUCACUCUCACAACCAAAGACAUUUCCAGAGCCACUUUAAGGCCCAUGAGGAAGCACGCAGCAGGCACAGGAGGCACUUCCAGAGCUCUUUCGGUGGAGACAUGUUUGAUGAUGUGUUCCAAGACAUGGAGAGGAUGUUUUCUUUUAAUGGACAACAGACUCGGACCCAAGGCUCCAGCAGGCAGCACUGCAGGACUGUCACACAGAGAAGAGGAAACAUGGUUACUACAUACACUGAAUGCUCCUGAGCUCAUGUGGAAACUUCUUCCUGUUGUCUUGACUGAAACCUGAUGUUUUUUUUGUGUGUGUGUUUUGGAUUAGUUCUGAUGAUCUAUUAUCAAAUCGCACAUUAAUGGGAGAAACAUCCUGAAUCGGACUUCAUGGGUACUUCUCCAUCCACAAACAUAUUUAUAAUGAACAUAAAGGCCAUAAGAGAAGUUUUGAUUAACUGAGCCAUGAAUUUUCAAUUAUUUCAAAAAUGUCGUUAAUAAAUUAGUUAAUAAAUAUACAUUUAAAUGCAUGUUUAAAAACAUCAAAUACAUAUUUAUCAAGUUUACUUGUGCAUAUACAUAGAUACUGUAUCUUUACAUUGUAAUAAAAUAAUGCAAUGUUAUAAAA